UGGCGGGGCGGGGCCGGCGGGGCGCUCGCCCGGCUACCAGGCCACUGGUUGGCCAGCCCGAGUCACGUGGUGCUGGGCAGCAGGCGGUGAGCGCCGGUGCAACGUCAACGCAGCCUGCUAAGCUUCGCCCGCCUGUCUACCGCGGUUCGGCCGCGGCUGAGUUCUUCCAAGGCGCGGGUCGGGCGGUUUGCUGAGUACCUUUGCGGCCAACAUGGACAACUCCGGGAAGGAAGCGGAGGCGAUGGCGCUGCUAGCCGAGGCAGAGCGCAAAGUGAAGAACUCUCAGUCCUUCUUCUCUGGCCUCUUUGGAGGCUCAUCCAAAAUAGAGGAAGCAUGUGAAAUCUACGCCAGAGCAGCAAACAUGUUCAAAAUGGCCAAAAACUGGAGUGCUGCUGGAAACGCUUUCUGCCAGGCAGCCCAGCUGCACCUACAGCUCCAGAGCAAGCAUGAUGCAGCCACCUGCUUUGUGGACGCUGGCAACGCAUUCAAGAAAGCUGACCCCCAAGAGGCCAUUAACUGUUUGAUGAGAGCAAUCGAGAUUUACACAGACAUGGGUCGAUUCACGAUCGCAGCCAAGCACCACAUUUCCAUUGCUGAGAUCUAUGAGACAGAGCUGGUGGACAUUGAGAAGGCCAUUGCCCACUAUGAGCAAUCUGCAGACUACUACAAGGGUGAGGAGUCCAACAGCUCAGCCAACAAGUGUCUGCUUAAGGUGGCUGGCUACGCUGCACAGCUGGAGCAGUAUCAGAAGGCCAUUGACAUCUAUGAACAGGUGGGGACCAAUGCCAUGGACAGCCCCCUCCUCAAGUACAGCGCCAAGGACUACUUCUUCAAGGCAGCCCUCUGCCACUUCUGCAUCGACAUGCUCAAUGCCAAGCUUGCUGUCCAGAAAUAUGAAGAACUGUUCCCAGCUUUCUCUGAUUCCCGGGAAUGCAAGCUGGUGAAAAAGUUGUUAGAAGCCCACGAGGAGCAGAACGUGGACAGUUACACUGAGUCGGUGAAGGAAUAUGACUCCAUCUCACGGCUGGACCAGUGGCUCACCACCAUGCUGCUUCGCAUCAAGAAGACCAUACAGGGCGAUGAGGAGGACCUGCGCUAAGCCCCACCUAGCCCCUGGUGCCUGUCUUCCUGUCCUUUCUGCUCAGAGAGAGAUGGGGCCUGAGGCUGGCGGCAAGAUAUUCCCUCCCCUUACCCCAUCCGGGGAAUCUCACAGGCCACAGGAGGUGGCCGCACAGGCUCAGCACCAUUUCAGGGGAGCCAGAGGCUGGGGCCUGCUGGCUGGACAGUCAUCCUCUGUUUUUGCUAAAUCCCUUGCCCCCUGCCCAUUUAUUUAAGUCCCCAAAGGUGCCCUUCUUCACCCCCAAAAGCCAGCUGUGCAGAAUCUUUGAUAUAGACCUGCUUGCUGUGGGUGCUGCCAGGGGUUUGGGGUCAACAUCUAGUCCCUAUCUCCUGACCAGCUGAGUCAUGAGGCUGGUUUCUGUCUCCCACUUUUGUCCACCAGCCCAGCUCUGAACACAUGUAGCCGCUAAGACUUACUCUUACUGCUGGGGAUAGGCUCCUUUCAACCCCACUCCCCAAGUCCGCAGAAGCCUCCUCCAGCCUCCUGCAGCCCUGACCUCUCAGGUUAGAACUCAGGCCCUGGAACUCAGAAGGUUUUCCUCCAAGCCCACCCACUCCUGCUCCUGCUCCUUCCCCAAUGCUUUGAGGUUUUGUCAGUAGGAAGCUGCAGCUGACCCAAGAAAGAAAAUAAAAAACAACACUUUUG